AUGCCGAAGGAUUGUCCAUUGAGCGCUGCGGAGUUAUGUUUAGCCGUAUGCGAAUUUAUUAAGACUGAAAGGCGCGUGAUUGUGCGCGAUACUCUCCGGAUCAUCCCCAUCGAGACCACGACCGGCAUUACCUGGGACGCUUUCAUCCACUCGAGCUGCCUCCAGUUCCUUCACACCCUUUUCGACGCGUCGCCCACCACCUGGAAGUGCGACCUGAAUAAACGCAAUAACUCUGUUGGCUCGCGCACUCUCCUCUUCGACAUCGCCCAUGCACUCAGUCUGGGUGUGGACGUCGCCACCGUCAAAGAGGCAGCGAUUGCAGACCGACAACGCGAGCGGGAGGACGCAAAGAAACCACCCAUUGUUGUGGCGCAAAGCCCCGUGGGGAAAAGCACGUCCGAAUACGACCAACAGAAGGAGGCCGAAGCACACGCGGCUGCGUCAGAAGCAGAGACAAAGAAGGGCGUGGCUAUUGAUUCGGAAGAGGGUGUUGUUUCGGAAGAUAAAAUGGAGUUGGCCAAGUUGAUUCUUCCGCUACUGGAGAGCGCCUCGACCGGCCACCGGAUCAUAAUGGAUGAACCCCAGUUGACUAUCUUUUACGAGUUCAACCAGGCGUUUGCGGGGGUCGGCGCCUGCACUGGGUUUGCGGCGAACCGAAAGUUUAACUUGUUCGAAUUGCAAAAGGAAUUCGUCGGAGACGUUGCCAGCGACGCCGCAAACGAUGAUGCCGGAGACGGUGGCGAAAAGACGGAAGCCGCCCCGGCCGCUGACCCGGAAGGAGGUGUGACGUCCGGCUGA